AUGACAUCUAUAAACCAAAAGGAGAAUAACAAAAACAACACAACUUACUCUAUCACAAAUGAAGGAACAAAAUAUUCAUUAGAGCAUUCAAACACUUCAUUAUUGAAUUUUUCAUACCGAUAUCUUCAUGCCCAAAAAGAGUUUCAAGUUUCUAAUUUUGCAGUGUGUAAUUAUGGUAAGGGUAAAUGGGUUAUUGAUAAUAAGAGACCUUUGUACUCUGGUUAUAGAUGCAAAAAAUGGUUAUCGAAAAUGUGGUCAUGUAGGCAGAUCAAACGACUAGAUUCUGCUUAUGAGAGAUAUCGAUGGCAACCAAAAGAUUGCCAAAUUCUUGAAUUUGAUCGUUUUACAUUCUUAAGAAGAUAAAUAAUGCAGGACAAAACAAUUGCAUUCAUAGGAGAUUCAUUAGGUAGACAGAUGUUCCAAUCUUUAAUGUGUAUGGCUAGUGGUGGGAAGGAGAGCACAUUUAUUCAAGAUGUUGGAAAGGAAUACGACCUUAUCAAAGCUUUUGGAGCUAUUAAUCCUCCUAGUUGGGCUUAUCGAUUUGUGAAUACAAAUACUACUAUUUUAUGUUAUUGGUCAGUAACUCUUUGUGAGCUAGAGCCCUUAAACAUGACAGAGCCAACUACCGAUAUUGCUAUGCAUUUGGACCGUCCACCAACUUUCCUUAAACAAUUCCUCGCAUUUUUUUAUGUUCUAAUUCUUAAUACAAGACAUCACUGGAACAUAGAAAAGUUUAGAAGAAAUCAUUAUAUGAUGUAUUUGAAUGAAAAGCCAAGUGAAGAUAUAUUCGACUUUUAUGUUGCUAGGAAUUUUACUGUCUAUAAUCUCAUAAUGUGGCUCGAUUCUCAACUUCUCUUGCAUCCCAAGCUUAAAGCUUUCUUCAGGACUAUUUCACCAAAGCAUUUUGUUAAUGGGGAUUGGAACACAGGGGGCAGUUGUAAGAAUACUAUUCCGUUAAUUCGAGGAAGUGAAGUGUUACAAGAUGAAUCAACUGAUGAAGUUGUUGAAGCUGCCAUAAAAGAUACAAGAGUUAAAAUUUUAGAUAUAACUGCUCUUUCUAAUCUUAAAGAUAAUGAUCAUAUAUCUAAUUAUAUUAUUAGAUCAUCUAAAAAAAUAAGUGAUUGCUUGCAUUGGUGCUUGCCAGGGAUCCCAGACACAUGGAAUGAAAUUCUCAUUGCCCAAUUAUAG